AUGGAUUCGGACCGUUGUGAAGACACCUCAGCCAUGCUUAACUACGGCUUGGACGUGAAACCCAUGAGGAUGGUCGCAAGUCCAGGCACAGGACCUAGACAUACCAUCGAUAACAUACUCGGAUUGGUCAGAAAGGACGAAAAUGACAGGGAUCGCUCGACGACACCCGGCAAUACUGAAAGCGCAGGCGAAGGAAGUUGCAACUCAAAUGACGGUGUCUCAGAACUUCGAUACGGGAAAAUAUCGGGCCCCGUAGGAAGCGGUUCCGAAGAUGAAGGAACAGUCAAUAAUUCCGGUAUAUCAGAGGGAGACGGAUGCAAGAAAAAGCAUCGACGAAAUCGAACCACAUUUACGACAUAUCAACUACAUGAACUAGAACGUGCGUUUGAAAAAAGCCAUUAUCCUGAUGUCUACAGUAGAGAAGAACUCGCCAUGAAAGUAAAUCUUCCGGAAGUGAGAGUUCAAGUAUGGUUCCAGAACCGACGGGCAAAGUGGCGGCGACAGGAAAAGAUGGAAGCUGCGAGGCUGGGUCUCAGCGAAUACCAUGCCGUCUCCUCGUUAUCUAGAGCAACCGGAUCUACCCUGGCGCUGCCAAUGGACCCAUGGCUUUCGCCACCUCUUCUCUCAGCUUUGCCGGGAUUCCUUAGCCAUCCUCAAACCGGAUAUCCAAGUUACCUGACGUCUCCUAUAGCGACGGAUCCGAGCCGACCUCCUCCUGUAGCACACUCUCAUUCUCCCACAACAACACCAGACCUGAGAACUACCUCCAUAGCAGCUUUGCGUCUUAAAGCUAAAGAACACGUCGAGAACAUUACAAAAGGACUCCAAAUGGUGUAGAUGUGCUCUGUUGAGUGACAAUCAUUUUGUAUAUAUCUGUGUUGCGAGUUUCAUUUCUUGUAAAUAUCAAUGUGUAUAUUUGGUCCCUAUUAUGGUGUACAUUUAUUACAGUAUAGUUGUUGGACUUAUCGUGAUCGAGUGUUAAGUACAAUGUUUUGACUAGACAUUAC